AUGGCCGAAGACCUACCAAACCAAGUUUUGAGCAAGCUUGCUGCCGCCGAUGGAACCCUCCUCACAUCCGAGGCCUUCCCUGACCUCUCCUUCGUUACAAUCAAGUCUGCAAUCGACCGUCUACGGUCACGAGAGUUCAUUACUGCAGAGCAACUCGACAAAAUAGAAGUUACCCUCACCAAAGAUGGCGAAGACAUUGCUCAGAAGGGCAGUUUCGGUGCCCGCGUUUUCCAGUUGGUGUCGCAGAUGGGUGGGCUGAAGAUCAAGGACCUCCCUACCAAAACUGGCAGUGCAACUGUCGCAAAGUUCGGACAAGCAGAUUGCUUCAAGAACAAAUGGGUGAAAAAGGAUGGGGAUUCACUGACGCCUCUUACCGACCACAUUGACGACAAGGUUCAGAAGCAGCUUCAGGAGAUCAGCCAGACCAAAACACUGAAGGAUGCGGCGGCUUUGAAAGAGUUCAAGAAGAGAGAGUAUGCGUCGGACCGUAAGGUUCUGGAUUUUCGCAUUGCAAAGGGCAAGAACUUCUCCAAUGAGUUCGUCAAGGAAGAAACAGACCUCACAGCAGAGAUGCUUGCUUCAGGAGCAUGGAAAACCGUCAAGCUGAAGCCAUAUAACUUCAAGGCCAAGGGCGCGCCAACGCCAUCUGGAGCACUACACCCGCUCAAUAAGGUUAGGGAAGAAUUCCGCGACAUUUUCUUCGAGAUGGGUUUCGAGGAAAUGCCUACCAACCGCUUUGUCGAGACUGGCUUCUGGAACUUCGAUGCUCUUUUCGUACCUCAACAGCACCCUGCACGAGACCUCCAAGACACCUUCUAUAUCUCUGAUCCACCCAGAGCCGAUCCACCCAGAGACGACCCCCAGCCCAGCGAUGCCCCUCUACCAACGACCAAACACAAGCGGUCUAAGUCCAAGGAGAAGGUGUUGAACUAUGACCAGUACUGGAAAGACGUCCGCGCCGUGCACCAAGACGGCAAAUAUGGUUCAAUAGGUUAUCGAUAUCCUUGGGACCCUGAAGAGUCAUUACGGCUUGUCCUUCGAACCCACACCACCGCCAUUUCGACGUACAUGCUUCACAAACUUGCACGGAAUCCUCGACCAGCACGCUACUUCUCGAUAGACCGCGUCUUCCGCAAUGAGACCGUAGAUCAAACCCACUUGGCAGAGUUUCACCAGGUGGAGGGCGUGAUCGCUGAUUAUGGCCUGACGCUCGGCGGUUUGAUCGGUUUCAUGGAGAUCUUCUUCGGAAAGAUGGGCAUCACAAAUUUGCGCUUCAAGCCUGCAUACAAUCCCUACACCGAACCCUCCAUGGAGAUCUUCAGCUAUCACGAAGGUCUCAAAAAAUGGGUCGAGAUCGGUAACAGCGGCAUGUUCAGGCCGGAGAUGCUGGAGCCCAUGGGUUUACCAAAGGAUAUGAGAAUUUACGGGUGGGGACUGAGUUUAGAACGACCAACUAUGAUCAAGUAUGGGGUGUCAAAUAUUCGAGAGUUGCUCGGCCACAAGGUCGAUCUCAACUUCAUCGAGACUAACCCAGCGGUACGUCUAGACAAGGACUAG